GUCUCAAGUCAACAGCUAGUCUCAAGUCAACAGCUAGCCUCAAGCCCCCAGGUAGUCUCAAGUCAGCAGCUAGCCUCAAGCCCCAGCUAGUCUCAAGUCAACAGCUAGUCUCAAUGAAGUCAACAGCCAUUCUAACGCCACCAUCUAUUAAGCACCAGCUGUUCCCAAGCCACCGUUGCUCAUAGCCACUUUUAUCCUGUUAUUAAAAACCCAGAACGAAAUUCUUUGUUGUAUUAAACGGGAUUUUUUCAAGUGCGUCAUGCUGCCUUGUGUAAAAUUGGCUGCCUGUAAUUACCAAAGUCCACACACCAGCAGAACUUUCUGUCCAAAUUUCGGGGAUUCUAAUAAUUGUUUGCUGGAGGACCUAGCCUGGUACGUGAUAUGUGCGUCGGGCAGUGCCCCCAAUUGUUGUUUGAGCCCGUGUAGGUCGCGCAUCAAUUACAAGUGAGCAUUUUGUGUGCCAGAUCCUUGGUCUCAGAUGAUACUGACAGUUUGGGGCUCGAAAUUGAGAUGAAGUUUAAAAGUGCACUACCGGGAACUAGACUUGAAGUGGAGUCUACGUAUUUUACGGGACAAAGCAAUACAAAUUGGCGAACCCUGUGCUCGCAUGUUUAUUUUUGAUACCAGUCAAUCAACCGUGCAAUUUCUAUAUAGAAUCACCCGGCAGGCAUGGCGCCGAAGUGAAUGAAACUUUUCUGUCAUCUUCCAGGGUAGUGGCGACCUUCCAACAACUUGAAUCAAACAUCGCUGCACUUCCCCCGCAGUUCCGUAUAUCUGUUCAGUCUUUAUCGAUUCUUGAUAGAAAUUUGCUGAAUUGCUGAAUUCGGUGCGUCGGCCAAGUUGAAGAACCUAACCAUGAAGUGUUGCAAGCGACCGACUCUGUCUGAUCUGAAACUGAACGUUGAGGAUUCCGGUGUUUUUUAUCGUUCACAGUGGACUAGGCUCCCCGCCUUGGUCUUCGUAGCAUACCGUGUGCUCCUAGCGCUGUAUCUGUUGGGUGUCUACAUCGCUCUGCUCGUUGAGUUGAUUCCUUCCUAUGGAGGUAGCAUCUUCAUCUUUCUGACCAACAUUGCCUUCACUGUUUUCGUCGUGUACUUGCUGAUAGCCGGCUCCAUCGCUGUCCUGGAUGGAUACAUCCUGCGGAGGCGGAACAGCGCAGACAUGGGCGUCCGUCACAUGAUCCACUGGCUCCUCUUCAACGUCACCGUCAACGUCAACCUGAUAGUGACCAUCGUUUACUGGGUAGGUCUAUACGACCCCGCCAGGGGCGGUUUCUUCUUCAGCUUCCACGUGCACGCCGUGACCAGCAUCGUGUCCGUGGCAGACCUGGUCGUCACUGCCGUGCCCGUGCGACUUCUACACGCCGUCUACCCCUGCGUAUCAUUAGUCGCCUACAUGGUCCUCACCCUCGUCUAUUGGGGUACGAGUAACGGGAUCGUCUACCCCUUUCUCGACUACUCCUGUAACCCGGGCCUGGCUGCCGGCUCGAUCGUCGGUAUCUUCCUGGCCAUCUUGUCCACGCAGGUAAUCGUCUGGGCCAUUUACAAGCUCAGGGUGGGGAUGUGGAAGAAAUGCGGCGGUGACGGUGAAACAACGCAGGCAGAAAUAGAGCAGGACAAAGCAGAGAACGGGCUUUAAAUCAACAAUUAUUUUCACAGAAGACUUCUGCGGCCGUGGUUUAUUGUCGGUGCCGAUUCGAGAGCGAAGCGAAGUGACGUCAUGAAAAGUUAGCAGCACGAACGUACAUAACGCCACUGUAUUUUCAUUACUUUUAAGCAUGUUCAAGUUAAGAGUGCAGACGGCAUACUGGUUAGCAGGGGCGUAACGGCACGCUCCCCAUCUCCAUAUCAUGGCGCCACACAUAUCCCACUUUACUCUAGGACUAAUGAGUUGACUAAACGCUUAGUCCCAAACAUUGUCUUGACCCACUCAUUCCCCCACCCUCCCCUUUGAGAAAACCACCCUUUGAUUGCUCCUCGGGCUUGAUAGGAGAGAGAGAGCCACAUACUUGGGCUAGACUCAAUCGGUACCCCAAGGCUGGAUAGAUCCAAUAGGCACUGUAAUCACGGUCCUCCACAGGGCCUUACGAAAAUUUGGCGUUUUGGGCGCCGACGAAACAUAUUCUGAAACUUACAAAGUUUUGUGGAAGAUUUGGAUUCCCACUUUGCAUUUUCGAUUUUGGAAAAUCCCCAGACCGGCUAGCUCAUGUAAAUAAAAGCUUGUUACGGCUUAGCAUCAACGUGCGAAUGGGAAGCUUAAGCCUAGUGGACGGGCGGGGCUGGUGGUUAGGCCAAAGAAAACUUAAAGUAGCCUACACGGAAGACGUGGUGCGGACGAGAAGCUCCGGAAUACCCCUACCCGGCGGAUUUCCAUCGUGAGGUGUGUUUUCGGUUCCCGACACUUUUAGUUGAACCGAUCGAUUUCUGACCAUGCUGGAACCGUGGCCAAGCAUUCGUAAAGACAUUUUUUAAAUACACUACUCAAAAAAGUUAAGGACCACCUUUUUCUGAACUUGUAUUUUUUUUCAAGC